CUCCAAGUUGGGUAUUGCUAUACGUCACUGGUGGAAGCAGAGCAGACCGCGGGAGAAUCAGUGACACUACUUACAGAGGAAAGCAACGGGGCUUUACAAUGAGAAGGUUGAGAUCAGCUGUGAAAAAUGGAAGAACAGCAGCCCAGGAGACCCCUGAAAACCCAAAGAGAUCUCCAAGAAAGAAAGUAAAACCUUUGAAAGCUAUCAAAGAAGCAGAACCCCUAAGUCCUGUUCCUUCCCAGAAUUCCACUUACCACUAUUUCAAAGACCCAGAUGACAUCAGUUCCUUUAGAAAGCUGCUGCUCCAGUGGUAUGAUAAGUGCAAAAGGGAACUUCCCUGGAGGACCCUGGCUGCAACAGAACCCGAUGUAAACAAAAGGAUCUACGCAGUUUGGGUUUCUGAAAUCAUGCUGCAGCAAACUCAGGUUGUCACGGUGAUUGACUACUAUAAUAAAUGGAUGAAGAGAUGGCCAACAGUACAGGAUCUGGCUGCAGCUACUUUGGAGGAUGUGAAUGAGAUGUGGGCGGGGCUAGGCUUCUACUCUCGAGGAAAGAGGCUCCACGAUGGAGCUCAGAAGGUGAUGUCUGAGUUGAAAGGUCAGAUGCCGACCACAGCAGAAGCUCUGCAGUUUCUUCCCGGAGUGGGCAGGUACACGGCUGGGGCGGUGGCCUCCAUUGGCAUGGGGCAGAUGACCGGAGUGGUGGAUGGUAAUGUGAUUCGGGUAAUGUGUCGCACGCGCGCCAUUGGGGCCGACUGCACUAGCCCCUCUGUCACGGAGACUCUCUGGAGCCUAGCCAAUACCUUGGUAGACCCCAAGCGAGCAGGAGACUUCAAUCAGGCUAUGAUGGAGCUGGGAGCCACUGUGUGCACCCCAAAAUCACCUCUGUGCUUGGAGUGCCCUAUUCAGACACACUGUAGGGCCUACAAGCAGGUUAAGAUCCAGCUGGAUUUGGCAUCAGAAAGGCUUCUGGGUAAAUCCACAUUGCAGUCCAGUUCUGUUCCAGAUGUUGAAGAAUGUGCCUCUGCAGGCUUUUGCUCCCUGUGCCUCCCUCCUGGGGAACUGUGGGAUAGCAGCCUGGGGGUGAUGAACUUCCCCAGGAAGCCUGUGAAGAAGCAGCCACGGGUGGAGCGGACUCUGACCUGUGUACUGGACAGAAGGGGUGAGGGCGGAGAGGCUGAAUAUCUCAUCAUACAGAGACCCAGCACAGGGUUGCUGGCGAUGAUGUGGGAGUUUCCCAGCCUGCCCCUGGAGGAGGGGGACUUCUCUGAGAGAAAGCAGAAAGAGGCUCUACUGGCCCAGGUUCAGAGGGUACUGGGAGGCCCGGGCAGACUGGGGACCCUGCAGCACAUUGGCGAGGUUCUGCAUAUCUUCACCCACAUCCACCAGACUUACGUGGUGUAUCACUGCAGCCUGUCCGACCCCACAGGUGUGGUGCUGAAAGAGGGUGAAGCACCUACCACCCGCUGGGUAACGAAGGCUGUGUUCCAGCAGGCAGCUGUGUCCACAGCCAUGAAGAAGGUCCUGAAGCUGUAUGAGAGUAAGGGAAGCCAGGAGGAGAAAUGUAGAAAGAGUGGAAAAAGAAAAAGAGACUCUGGAUCCAUAGAGAGAAAACGCAAGCCUCAAAAGAUUAACAUGGAGCAGGAAACCAGCACUGGGAAGAAGCAACUUUCACUGCACAACUUUUUCCAAAGACCUGUGAAACAAGCAAUUGAUAACGGGUCCUGAGUUGACCUUAAAUCAUCUUGGCUGGUCACCACCACAGGAAUAUAUAGUUGUGAACCUAAUUGGGAUUUCAGUUUCUUUGGGAGAGGUAAGCCAGCAUACCCCCAUAGUGCCCAUUUGCCUCAGGAACCAUCAGUUUUGACGCCUCCAAUGUAUUGCCCUGUAUCAGCAAUCAUCUGUUCACGAUACUGCACACUGUUUACAAUUCUGCACACACAAUGGUAACUGCUGAAAACCCCUAUUAAUGCAAAACCUGUUCUGGUUGCAGGCUAAUGCCAUUUUAUUUUUGCAGCUUGUUUGUUGAUGUGCUUGUUUGUUGUUUCCUCCUGUGAAAUCAGUCCUGUUACACCUCUCUUUAGAGCCAGUAAUCCACUGAGCAAAUGGUCUGCAAAACCAAAUGGUGAUGAAACAAUAAAUUGAAUACUUUAGGGUUGUUUGUCAGAGGAAAAAGAAGAUAUAAAUCCAAUUGAUAUCUGUGACUGUAAUAUCAAGGCUAUAAAAAGAAAUGCAAUCGUUCAACAUGUUUUUUAUUCACUGAAAUUGUUCACCCCAAAAGAAACUAAGUUGCAGUCUUCUGCUUUCAGGGUGGAAAUUAGGGGUUUCUGUCCACUUUUCCAGUCACUCAUGGUCACCCUGCAGAUCAGUAACUACAAAGCCUAGAACAAAUGGCAUUGUUAACUCAUGAUUUGCAUUAACACCACAGUGGUGAUUGAUAUCAUACUGGUGUUUAUUUGCAUUUCAAUAGGAAACAAAUGUACAAUUGUAUAAGUAUUUAACAAAGACAAAAUAAUUUAGUAUAGAUUUCUUAAAUAUUGUACUUUUCCGUUCUCAUGUUGCGACCCAUGUAAGGUCAAGUAAGUAAAUGAUUUUUAACUUCACGCAAUAGAGCAGCCUCAAUAAAAAAAAAAAAAAUGUUGUUGGUAUGGGAAGGACAAAACUGCUACUGUUAAGACUGUCGGUCAGUAACUCCACAAGAUUCAGCCAAACCAAACAGAUCAAAAACAUGGCACAACAGCACAGAUCAGAACACGUCUUGCUGUCUUGGAUUGGGUUGGUGUGGUUGAACUUGGGUUCAGUUCUGCACUAGCCUUGACUAAUAAGACAUUGAGGUUGGUACUAAGAACUGGUUUAUUGAGGCAGUAGAAAUUGUAUCGGGGGGAGGUCAUACUACGUCAUAUUAAUUGUGUUUAUGAAAA